GCGGUGCUUUUCUUCUUUGGUUGUUGACUUGUGUGAGAAGUAAAAUAUAAAAAAUAAUUCACAAACAAAACAAACACCCAAAAAUUACAGAGUAGAGAUUAAAUAUUUUAGACUGUUUGUAAUCAACAAAAACGAAUAACAGCAACAAAAUAUUGGAUUCAACGCCGCUAACGUUUAUACUUGCAAACAAAGUUGAACAAAGUUAAAAUCAGGCUCCAUGUCAGACUGCAAUAAUGACUGAACCACAGAGAAGUGCGAGGAACUCAACAGAUUUGAAAAAUGAGGAUGGAUAUGAAAUCUCUAUUCCCUUCGAAGAACCUAAUGCAGACGAUUCUGCUUUCUACAACCAGAAUGACCACAUGUUUGACGAAACCGUAUCAGGACAAACCCCUCCCUGCAACCCAUACCUGCUGAUUUCUAACCUUCGUGCCCAGCUGCAGAUUUCUCUGGAGAAGAACUCAUGGCUACAGAAACGAAUAGAGGACCUGGAAGAGGAAAGAGACUUCCUGCGCUGCCAGCUUGACCGCUUCAUUUUCACCACCAAGACUCAGGAGAGGAACGAGCUUCAGCCUGAGGUUUCCCAGCAACCCGUAUCCCAGAAGACCAUCCUACGCAGGGCUGCUACUCCGUCUACACGGCCCAUGAUGACGCGCUCUGGACAAGCGCGCAGCCAGACCCUAAAGCGGAAAAAGAAAAACAGCGUCCAAGAUGAGGAUGAGGAGGAAGUGAUCGAGGAAGAAGAGUAUAUAGAGGAGGAUGGCUACCUCGAAGAGGAGGAGGUCAUUUCCAAUGAUGAUGAGGACUCAGACAGCAAAAGCUGCAAGAGAAGCCGGACUAAAACCAGAUCGAAAGCCGGGCCGACACGAGUCAAAAGAACCCGAGUGUUUCGCAUCGCACGUGGAAUGGAGAGACAAAGAGUGAAAGACCCUGCUGGAGUUCUGUUCCGCUACAAGAAGAUUCUGGUGACAUACCAGAAGCUGAAGAGCAUGUCCAGAGCCUUCCAGGUCCACGGGGUCGACCGCAACACCGUAGCCUCCACCACUCCCAUCGCCGAGCUGCUCCUGGUCGCUCCGGAGAAAGUGGAGGAAGUCGGAGAGUUCGAUUCCGCCAAGGAGAAGCUUUUAGACUACGCCCGGCGCUGCUACAAGGCCCUCGACGAGAUCGCUCAUGCCAAGGUGCAGGCCUUGAAGAAAAACAACCUGCUGCUGCCCAUCUCUUAUAGAUUCAGGAACUGAUGCACUAAAUAAAAAAACGCUGCAAAUGAAAGAAGGGAUGAAGGUCGCCGAUUAAGUCUCGCAGCAUCGAAGUAAAGAACUGCGCUGUUUUUUUUUUUUUUGUCUUUUUUUUUCUACCUCAGCUUUUGGUUAUCAUUUAAACUGAAAAACAUUCCCAAACAGUCAUCGCUGAGGUUGUAAUAAAGGUCCCUCUUGUUUUUAGCGCUUGGGGGGAACUGAAGUCUUCGACUGAGCUCAAAUAUCCGAGUAAGGAGAAGGGGGCGGGGUGGGGAUGGGGGGCAGAGAAGGAACAAAGGGAUGGACCGACUGAAUCUAAGCCUUCAGUUUGAGACGUAACCUCCUGACGAAAAUCACUGUAUUUAAAGAGUGUAUAUUUUUGUACUCAUUUGGGUUUAAAAAAAAAAAAAAAGCAUUCUGGUUGUUUAACACUGUAACGUAGCUUCCUUAAUUACGUGAACGCUCCUGAUUUCCGAUUAUGUAAGAGAUCGAACUGUGCUCUUGUCCUGAGUUUGAAGGCAUGUCAAGGAGAAGAUCUGCAGACUUCAUUACCAGCUUAAUGAGAUUUAUUUGAAGACCCGACAGUUUAGUCUUGUGGGGCUUGAAAUGUUGCUAAACUAUAUAUAUACUGUAACACUCCUUCGGUAGUCAUGUACAGUCUUACACACGUUCCUGUAAACAGCUGAUUAUUUAGAGCUAAGACCAAAGAUGGUAUCGUGCUGUGUAGUUGUGUAGUGAUCCUCAGGGAUGGAGCUCACGCAGUCUGAUCACUAAAACUGUAACUCUUCAUUCUCUGCCUUCUGAUAUGACCGAAGUCUUUAAUACACUGUUCCAAUGCCUGUCAUUAAAGGACGAGCGUUUGGCUCCGUGAUCCCUUUUUUUUUCUUCUUCUUUUUCAGUUAAGUAUCUUUUUGUAAUUCAGGAAGAAUCUGUAUGUUUGUGAUUGUCUUUUAUUUCCUCUCCCCAUUUCUCUAGAGGAGAAUAAACCGUAUGUUCAUUUCA